AUGAAUUCCUUCUCCAACUUCGACCUUUCAUCGUGGGUAACUGAUCACUUUGGCAACCUGGUCACAUCACCCCCUACCCCGCAGCCCACGCCGCCAGCAGCAAAGCGUGGUCCAGGGCGUCCGCGUACAAACCCCCUUCCCGAUCCUAAUGUUCCCCGUCGCAGUCGAGGCCGGCCUUCAGGCGCCAAGGACACCUUCAAGCGCAUUGGUCGAAACCAAAAGGCCAUCCUUUCGAAGGAGGAGCGCCUCGAGCGCAAUAGGACGCAGCAGAGAGCGUCUUUGAAGAGGACGCGUGAAGCACAGAACCUCACUCCCCCUUCGUCGCAUGAGGUGCAAGAUUUGACGUUGUCAGAGGACGAGCAGUCCGAGGCAACGCCCAUUUCGUCACCGAAUGCAGCGUGGGAGGAUGAGCUACUACGCGAGUUCUUUUCUCUUCGUUCUCCCCCUCCUCCCACUCAUCCCCAUCAUAUCUCUCCGGAGGAAGCGAGCCUCACCCCCGCCGACUUUGCCGCCCUGAACAAUGGGCUGUCCGGGGCUACUUACACCAAUCCCUUCUCGUCCUCGCUCGCAUUCCAAGAUGAUACUGAAUUGGAAGAGGAUCUGACGGAAGCCGAGCAGGAUGGCAAUGACGGUGGGAGCGGCGGGGUGGCGCAUUUUGGAUUUCUGCUCUGCGAUGUGCUUGUGGGAUUCGGCUAA